AUGGUGAUUUUAAAGAUGCAAGAGCUAUUGGAAUACAUUGUGGUUGUGGAAGUAAAUGUAUCCCAAGCCGUAGUGAUUGAAGAGAUCAGAUCUUCCUUGGCCUCCUUCAUGUUUCCUUUUCAAGUGGACAACGUUACUGAAAUUUCUGCUAUGAACAUUACAACAGUGUGCCAACCGAAUGUGACCGAAUACCAGUGCAAAUGUGAAAAUGAUUAUGCAUGGUCAUACAACAACUGCAAGACUUACGAUGCCUGUGAUAACAUCAGUUUCGGCUCAUGCGGCUGUAUCAGUGGUAUUCCAAAUAAUGGAGACCUGUGUUUGUUGCCGAGUGAACUACCAUUCACAGAAUUUUUGUUUGAAAUUGAGAUGGAGUCAUCAAGCAUCUCUGUGAUCAAUGAGCUGAAGAAAAAUCUGGAGAAUUUUACUUAUCCUCUUGAAUUAGAUGAAAGGGUAGAAGUAUUCGAUGUCGACAUUACAACAGUGUGCAAUUUCAGUGGCACCGGAUACCAGUGCAUAUGUGAGGAUCAGUAUUUUUGGCCUUGUGUUAAGUGCAAAGAAUAUGGGAGCUGUGACAUUAUUACUAACGGCACAUGCGGCUGCAUCAGCGCUAUACCAAGUGAUGGACAGUUCUGUCAACCAAUGAAUGAGAUUCAAAAUAUCACAGCAUGUGUGCAACCACCAACAGUGACUCCAGCUCUGACUGAAUAUCUAGCUGAAAUUCAGAUAGAUGCCAUGAAUACUCCCAUCAUUGAUCAGCUGAUGACUUUUCUGAUGUAUUUGAAUUUACCCUACACAGUCAGUGACAGCACUAACAUUACAGAAAUCAACAUAACUACUGUGUGUUCUUUGAAUGAAACUGAAUAUCAGUGUAAAUGUGAGGGUCAGUUUGUUUGGCCAAAUGACACGUGUCAUUUAUAUGAGGCCUGUGGUGACAUCAUUGAUGGUGCAUGUACAUGUAUUAAUGCCCUUCCAACCAACAGACAGUUCUGCCAGUUAAAGGAAGGACCAAAUUCUGACUACAUAAUUGACAUUGAUGUGAGAUUCUUUGAUUCAUCCCUGGUGAACUACUUACGGAAUCUCUUCACAAAUAUCAGCUUGCCUCUCACUCUUAGCAACAACAUAAAUAUAACAGAUAUUGACAUUACCACUGUGUGUGAGUUAAAUGGAACAAAAUAUGAGUGUAAGUGUGAGGAAAAGCAUGUCUGGCCCAGUGACACCUGCACAACAUAUCAGGUGUGUGAUAACAUUGUGGGAGGCACUUGUGGAUGUAUUCAAGCUCUUCCUUCAGAGGGUCAGCUUUGCCAGAGAGGUGAGUUGUCACAUUAGAAUACAAAUGUACCGAGUGUAGGAUUUUCAAACUGGUUGUAUGAGUUUACACUGUGACACAUUUGGUGGUUCAGAAACAUUUGUUUUGACCAUUUAUGCAAAACAAAGAGGUGAGAAAUCAAAUUGUUGAUGCAAUUGCUUGACAACAAUAAUCUUUAUUGAAUUUAAAUCCCUGCUCACACAUCUAAUAAAUAAGUAAACCAGUAAGAUUUACUUUAUUUUUAUUUAACUAGGUUUUUAAAUUUAACUUAAACAUUUUUUGUUAGCCUUAUACAGGAACAUUUACUUACAAAUCUGAUGUACAUGAUACUCUUAAACUUCAUAUUUCACUGGACAUUUCAACAAGAAAAUUCAUAUUUUGAACCUUCCUAAUAAACACAAGUUUACUCAUGUGGUACAUGAUUAUAUAUAAAAAACCUUCCAACUCUUGAAUAAACAACGACCACAAAAACUUUAACAAAGCUUACAAACAGACAAAGUUCUGUGGCAAAUAUGUGCCAAUAAUGGGUAAUUUACUACAACUGUAAUAAAAAUAAAUAAAAAAAUAAAUAAAUAAAAACAACCGAGAAAAAAAACAAAACAAAACAAACAAACAAAAAAAAAAAAUUAAAAAAAAAAAUAAAACAAACAAAAAAACAAAAAAACUUUGAGACUUCACAAAAACAGUUAAACUGAUGAGCAGAACGCACACAGGGUGUCUGACACGAGGCCAGGUUUUCUGAGGUAAGGCACUUUUACCUCAGGACAACUAUACUAAUAUCUUCUUAAAAAGUAUGUCAAUUCAAGAAACAUAUGCGAGUUGUGUCAUCAACGAAUAUUUGAUUAGUUCUAAACUCGUCUUAAUUAAAUCCUUAUUGGUGCAUCCCACCCUGAAAGAUGUAAGUGGCAAAAACAUUUUGACGACGGCCAGAUGGAGGUGGUACUAAUGAUUUUUCAAACGUCUAAAGGGACACGCUAAUAACGCCAUAACAACGUUUCUGUAAAGUUGUGAAAACAGAUUUUUUAUUUUUUAUUAUUUAUUUUAUUUAUUUUUUAUCUUAAAAACUAGCAGUCGCAGAACUAAAUGCGUUGGAUAAAGACAGGAUCACAACAAGAUUAAAACAACAUGCUGGAUAAAGAAACUGAACCGUCACGUAACGAAUGUCACCCUCUGGUGGACUGUAACGUUCUGGCAGGCUGAAGAAAUAAACGAAAACUA